UAACCCAAGGCCUAAGGCCCGUUAACGGUGUGCUUCGUACAAUUUGCAAAAAUAAUUUGUAGAGGCUGAAAGGGUUUUCUGAUUUCAGAGAAACUCUGCACUAAACCCUACUGUCUACUGUUUACUCCACCCUCAAACAAUGAAACUCCUAAUUCAAUCAAUUUUUGGUCACCGGCGACCACUGCUUCGAGGGUUGGGUCGCCGUUACUUCGCUGUGUCCACCGAAGAGUAUGCCAAGCGUAAUUACGCUAAUAAUGUCUCAGAAUACAAUACUGUUGUUGGCUCUCUCACUGCUCAACGCAAGUAUUUUCUAUUGAGGGAUGUGUACGAUGAUAUGAUGCUUGACGGAGUGCAGCCUUCUCGAGAUACAUUCCAUUCCUUGAUCGUGGGGACCAUGAAAGGCGCUCGCUUGCAAGACACAUUUUUCUUCAGAGACCAAAUGAAAGCUAUGGGUUUGGUUCCUGAUGUAACUUUAUAUGACUUUUUGAUCUCAACCUGUGGGAAAUGCAAGAAUUCUGACCAGGCAGUGCUGAUUUUGGAAGAAAUGAAGAAAUAUGAAGUGAAGCCAAAUGGACAAACCUAUGUCUGCCUACUUAAUGCAUGUGCAGCAGCUGGUCGAUUAGAUCGAGUCUAUGCAAUUGUUCGGGAUAUGACUGCGGCUGGUGCUGGCUUGAACAAGUUUUGCUAUGCAGGACUGAUCACUGCACAUAUUAACAAGACUCCAGUAUCAGAUGAUACACCCACCAAAAUAAUUGAGUUUGUUGAGCGGUCAAAGGGAUGGUCCUCUGUUGACAAAGCAAUUUACAAUGCUGAAAAUUUGAUGAUGGGUGUUUCUGAAGAGGAAUUAUACAAUUUACCAACUGCUGAUUAUGUUCGUAGGCGUGGAGGAUUUUUGAAUAGACAGCUAACUGUUUAUCAUGUUGCACUUCAUGCUUGUGCAGAACUUAGGAAUGUUGAGGCGAUGGAAACACUUUUAGAAAUGCUCAGGAAGGAUGGAAAGUCUCCUGACGUGUUCAUUGUGAUGCAAACGAUGAGGUGCUAUCUACAUUCCGGAGAAAUUGAUAGUGGUCUUAAAACUUUUGAAGAAUACAUGAAUUCUGGGAAGCCUCCUAUGAUAGAGCUAUACAUAACACUUGUAGAAGGAGCCAUGGUAGGGUAUACUCCCAAGGGAAUGCAACUUGCUCAAGACACACUGGUAAAUAUGAAUUCCAGAAACUUUUUCUUGAGUCCAAAACAAGGAAGCGAUCUCCUCCUUGUAGCAGCUGGUGAAAAGGGUGGUGGAUAUACAACUGCUAACUUUAUAUGGGACCUGAUGCAAGGUCGUAAAAUAACCCCUUCAUUUCCAGCUGUGGAAGCAUACUACAAAGGACUAAAAGAACGCGAGAUACCUGAAGACGAUCCACGACUGUUAAUAGUUUCUCGUACCUAUGACAACACACGUCCGAGAUAUGGAGGUCCAGUUGCAGCAAGGCAAUGAUUGUUAGGAAAUGGGAAUUUGAUACAGAACAUAUUUUGUUGUAUCAAAGAAAGAUGCUUGAAGUUAAAAUACGACUUCAAAAGAGAUUGGGAUCUCAUUGUGUCUUGAAAUUUUGAUGUUACUUAGUCGAAUGGUUGAUGCUAUUCCAUUAAUUAAAUAACCGAAUCUUUUCCUGCCCUCAA